CUCGUUUCGCAGCGGCCAUCCAGCUUCAUUCGGGUCGAUCCGCGAAUUCCACAUCCACCCGAAAGGGAGUAGUCCCAUCCAGCCAUCCGAACUCCAAACGCCGUUCAGUAGAGUUUCGGCCGGCACCCAGUGAGCAAGAAUCUUCUUUCGGAGUCCCGCGAUUUCAUUCAAGCUGUAUUCGGUCGUUGCCUCCGUGUCCCCGCGCCAUCGUCUUCGAAGUGAUUCCCUGCCGUCAGGUUUGUUCCACGGGAAGAAGUGAUUGAAUUUGGGUCGGUUGUGGUAGGACAGUGUGGAGCAGUCCCAUCACCAUUAUACCGGAAAUUGAAAAAUUCAGAGCUUUUCUAGGCGGAAUGGAGUGAGUGAGUGGUGUUUUUUUUCCUUUCUGGCCAUUCAUCUAUCAAGAAGAAUUCAAACGCCGUGCGGUCAAGAGCAGGAGGUUAAUCAUCCGGAAACGGGUUCGCGUGAUAGCUUCUUCUCUCCGGUAGUGUGGAAGAUUCGUUCGCUGGAGUGGAAAAGUGCGUGUCAAUCGGUUGUUUUCUAGCCUCGGGACGGCGCCCUAUCGUUAACUCGUGUUAUAAUCUAGUGCGGUGAGUUGUUGUGGUAUCGAAGUCCCCCCCGGCUCCGUGGGAUUAUUAUGCUGAAAAGCUCUUCCAGAAGCCGUCUAGAGAGGUGCUGGCCAAGAAGGUUCACCGGUAGGUGUUGUUGUUGGCGGAGCCAGUAAAAGUGAAACUUUGAAAAAGUUUGAUCGACGUGCACGGAGAAUGCGAGUUACAUUGGUGGUGAAUUCAAUCAAAUCUUGACAAAUUAGAAAAAAGUUACGCAAAUUCAACCGAACUCCCACGGAAUGUGCUAGUUGAACCACACAGGACUUCACAGCUCAUCAUCAUCUACAUCAGCAACGCAUUUCAUCGCUAUCGCAGCUUGACGCUUCGGGACAACGUCCGAGUUUGAGGUCUUCAUAAACCGGAACGCGGCUACAAACGCAAACAUGUUCUCACUCUGCUCGAAGCCAGCCUCGGAAGCUUCGUCAUCGCAGCGCACUCAACAACACGGCACAUGUAAAGGAUGCAGCUGCAAAUUCACAUCAGUCGGCAAGCAGAUAAAAGGCGGAUACCUGUUGCGAUACAAAAAAUCGGUCCUCUGGAGUCGAUGGUCGGAGGAAUGGGUGGUACUCUACGACGACUCGACGAUGGCAUGGUUUACGGAACCCGGCCGAUCGUCCCCAGCUGGUAAAAUCCUCGUUAAGGAAGCACCGGAAAUGCUGGCGAUAGCGCACUGGACAGGGCAGAUUCCGCGGCGGCCUCCGCUGCCCGAUGGCGUCAGCGUAUCACAGCUUAUCGCGCUGGGGUCCCGGCGGAAACGGUCCAAGGUGUACUGGAUGAUCGCCAAGAGCGAGGAGGAAGUCAGCGACUGGAUUGCAGCAAUCACAAAAACGCUACCACCACCGCCACAGAUAGAGCUCGUAGUCGACAAACCACACGCGAUGGGAGUACUGAGAAGGCCUAUCGUGCGGAUACGACCGGCCACCAGCUCGGAGGUGUCAGCCCGGCGGAAAAAUCACACCAGCAUCGAGAACAACACGACCAAAGUCCGCAGCGAGGCAGCCGUGGCCAUCAUCAAGAAGAACACCCCGGAAAGCUCGGAACCGAAGGGAUCGCUGGCCUGUGCACUGCCCUGGGGCCACGGUUGGGGUUGGGCGACCCUGCCGAAUGGCAUCUGGAGCGGAGCACUGACCUGGUCCCAAUGCGAGGACUCGAUCACGUUGCACGCCCUGCCAACGACCCACUGCACCAACAUGAUCGAGGCUCCGUGCGCCGGUGGAAUCUACCAUACCGACAUCAGCCCGUUCGACUUUCACGGAAUCGAAGACGUUGGCGGGGAGGACUUUGACUACGCAAUGGACUGCGGCGAUUUCAUCUUCUAAUUCUCCCCCAUGACUGCAAUCAAUUCAAGCUCAACCAAAAGCACACAUAUCCAAGUGUCCACAAGACCUGGGAAAUGCGACCGAUAUGCGAGAUACACGAUUUAUAGGAAGUAAAACGAGAUUUUUUAAACAAGGAUAAGAAGCACAUGAAGUCAUUCAUACACAAAUAUUGCAAAAAAAGUUUACACCGACACGGAAUCGUUGCACCGAUGCAAAUGCAUGUCCCAUUCGGAUCUGGAGACGAAAAUCAGUAGAGCAGAAGCCAACGGCCGGAUUGAGCCUCUCUGCCGCGCAUAAUGCAAUCUAGUGAAUUAGAUGUUUUUUAGGAAACUCCCGUAUCAACAAAAUCCACCGAUAAUCAAGCAGAUUACACUCCAAAACAAAACAAGUAAGAAUAGCUAAGUAUAAGCGCAGCAAAUGAAAACGUAAACGUUUCAUCCAAACCCAUUAAAUGUCAAAUGCAUCAAACUAGUCCGCCAACAAGUGAGGAAGUCCAUAAACCACAACCAAAUCAUACAAUGUAAACACUAGCCAAAAAUGUUCACCCCUCAGCAAAAUACGAAUUACAACCAAACCGAACCGUAGCUUGAAAAAUAUGUGUAAACUCAUAAACGUUUUGAACGGGACAUCAAAGCAAGCCACGGCGUGUCCCACGCGGUUUUGCUAAACAUAAAGUUUGGAUAAAUGGUUUUAUAUAUUACUUUGAAUAACGAGCAUGGAUGUUAAAGAAACUAGUUAUUAUACCUACAUAGUGAGAGUAAGAACAAAGGUGUCAUUUGUAGCGUACCGUUAUAAAACCGCGUACAACUUUUGCUGACUAUUUAUUGAUAAAAUGAUUGACUAGGCGAUAGAGAUGAGCACAUAUAACCAACAGUAAACGCUAGAAAUUUAGGGAUUUUUAACUGUCGUGCAACAGAGAUCAAUGAUAAAUGAAGAACAAAUAAUGCCUUUCCAAAUAAAUGAACACAUAAAUGUUGAGAUGUUUUUACCGGUGCAAGCACAAAACGCGGAAUCACCCUAAACAGAUACAAAUCCAUUGGAAUAAAACAAAUAAAAAACUGACAACAAACUGAUCGAAUCAAUUUGAGAGUUUUUAAAAUCAAAAUUAGACUUUAAUCAAGAUUAGACAAAUUAAUUUAUUUAACACGAAAUAAAACAUUUUCAUAUUGCUUGAUUUUUUGAAACAUUUGACAAUUUUAAUCGAUUGUUUAGCACAAGUUCAGAGUAUUUAAAACACCUUCCAUCCCCUAUUUACUCACCAAAAAAGGUGAAGACAGGCGAACGUUGACAGACAAAGCGCCGUGACGAAACAAAAGAAAUUGAGGUAAAGCUUAAUUCUACAUUAAACACUAAUUGAGAGACAGAUGGAGAAGGGAAAAAUCAAUUUAUGAAGAAAGAUGUAGUGAAACUUAUUUAAACAGUAAGAAUUGACAACACAUCUUACAUUUAAUCUUAGAAAGUAGCGUUAAACAAUAAACGAAGCAAAACAUAGAGACUGUACCUACCGAAAUAUGAAAACAAAAUAAAUUAUUACUAGCGAUGAAAAUCCUUCUAAUUUAGGUAAACUUUUCAGACCAACCUGAUUUUGGAUUUUUUAAGUAAGUUAAGUUUGUAAUCCCGUAAGAACUUUUGGAGCAGAAAUUACCGUGAAAAAAAAAUCGAAAAAUUGACUUGAAGUCAUCCAAAUGUUGAGGUGACACUAAACCAAACAAGUCGAGAUAUAUGUAGGUUUUACAAAAAUAAAUGAAAACAUAAAAUCAAUCUGACAGCUGUCAGCUGUCAACUGAUCCGACAUCUGUCUCGUCAAGAUUAGCGACAACAUUAUAACCAAUCUAACUAAUAAUCCACUUAAAACUACGGGUAGGGCCUAGCAAUCGACCAUAUUUAUAUAAGCGUAACUUCCACUUCCUCACAGACAAACGGACGCGAGAAUUCAAUCGCGAUGACGGUCUUUUCGUGGCGUCAAUAUGUAAUACUCAUAGCGAAAACAUGUGUACUAGCGUCAGCUUGGAUCCUUUCGAUGGCCCCUUGACUUGAAUCCAAACCAAAUGAAUGUAAAUCUGCUGUCACCGAAUGCACAAGCUGAAUAAAGAGGGCGUUUUUAUGAAACAGAUGUUGUAGAAAAGGAAAAACAAAUGCCGCCAAUUUGAACAAUUUUGAAAACAUGUUAGCCAACCACCAACCAACACAAAACAUAUAUACAAUAGAGAUAACUGUUUUAGAGAACAAGAUUCCAAUAACUGUUUGUAGUGAAAAUGCAAGUUGCUAAUGAUUGUAAAACUAAACAGAGAAAAUGGUAGAAAUAAACGUCAAACAAAUGCUUGUACUUCAAACAAAGCAGCCCAAAAAUCGCGGGACGAUUUUGCGUGCACUUUUUUGUCCAACUACCCAAAGUGACAUUAAAAUGUUUGUAAACAAUCAAAUGUCAUUACACAGUACCAUCCUUUUAAUCCUUUCCCAACGCUGUGCGAAUCGGAACUGCUGAGCGGUGAUUUUGACAGCUUCAUUCCUUCUAAACAGAACCGUCAAGCAACAGUUCGAGAACAAUAGAUGUCAAUUAAGAUGACGUGUAUUCCCCACUUGCCAACAAUCCUCCGCAGACAUUUUCCGCCAUUUUUUCAGCACGCAAACAAUAGAACGAUAAUACAAAUCGCAGGCAAAAAAUAGUGCAACAAAACCUGAAUGUGUUCAUUCCGCGAAACAUAAUUCCACAUCCAACAUUCACGCAUUUAUCUCGAAAACUCCAACCCUAAAUUCAGUCAAAUAAUACUAGAGAAGAUCUGAAUAGAUUUGAUAUCAGUAUUAGCUCUGUUCAAUGCCAUUGUUUGAACUUAUCUGCGGUAAAAUCUUUCUUAAUAAAAUGUUCAAACUGAGGUCAGAGUUGACAGUAAUCCGAAGAAGCAUUUUUUCGCCAUGUAUAGCUUGGCAUUGGACAGAACCAAUGAAAAUUAAAACUUCAUGAUACCAAUACUCCAACCGUCACCAUUUUUUAACACUACCGUCACCACAACCACCAACAGUGAGAACACUAUAUAGUUUAUAACGGACAGUCAGUAUAAGCAUUUUUGAAAAUAUGAAUUCAUGUGAGAAUAAAUAAAAACCCAAACUGGAAACAAUCAAGAGGAAUAUGCAUAUAAUAACAAUGUGUUUGAGACCAUGAAACUAGAAGAAAA